AUGCGGCGUACUCCACCAGUGGCGGGUGCCGAUAGCUGGACCCGUGAAGACCCUGCCGACAUCAAGCCAGCUGGUGGGGAUGAUGGAUGCGAGGGGCUGAUGGGUGGUCGUGCAGCACCUCUCGCUCGGCUGGCGGUUCGCAUGAUGUCGCUCUCCAGACGUGCCCUGGCGUCCUCUAGUCAGCGGCCCUUUGCGCAUUCUUCCGUAUUCCAUCAUCCAUAG